AUGGCCUCCCGGCGCAUCCCCCGCGGGGCGUUGGGCCCCGCGCUGCGGGACAGAGCCAGGCGCUGCCGCGGGGACGCGGCCGGCGAGGCGAGCCAGCGCUUCAAAGACCCCCGCGAGGACUACCCGGGCCCUUCCUACAGGCCCGCCAGCCCCCUCCUGCGGAAGGACAGCUAUUACCACGAGCAGUUCGGCCGCCCCGCGCCCCACGAGCGGGAGUACGGGCGCCCAGCUUCCCAAAACAGGGAGUACGGGCACCCAGCUGCCCAGAACAGGGAGUAUGGGCACCCACCUUCUCAAAACAGGGACUACGGGCACCCAGCUCCCCAAAACCGGGAGUACGGGCGCGACCGGGAGUACGGACACCCGGCUUCCCACGAGAGGGAUUACGGGGGCCUGGCCUCCCACGACCAGGAUUACGGCCCUCCUGACUCUUGGGAAGCUGCCGAACCUGAUUUUAGCUCCGCAGAUAUCCUGGGGGACUUCAGGUCGCCGGGGCUCAUGGACGAGGAGUUUGGCGGGGCGGAAGACCAGGAGUACGACGCGGAGUUCGGGGUUCAAGACAGCGAGUUCCGGCCCCCUAUCCGGAGGGGGGUCGUUGGCAGGGGGAGGAUCCUGAGGGGAAAGCGGCUCACGAGGGGCGUGGUCAAAGCUAAGGUGUUCAAAGGGGAGGUCAAAACCCCCCUCAAGAAGUGGGACGUGAAGAAACCGCAGCCGGGCCUCGAUCCGCAGGCUCCGGAGCAGCCCCUGGAAGCCGCCGAACGACCCAGCCCGAGGCCGGUGCCCGUCCCAAAGCUGCCCCCACGACCCAACCAAAGGCCGGCCCUGGCAGCCCAGAGACCCAUCCUCAGGCUCCCCAAGCCUGCCCACGUGUUCAGGAACCUCAACUUCGACCUGGUGGAUAAGUCAGACAUUUUUUCCACGUUCGGGGUGGAGAUUAUCAAGUGGGCCGGGUUCCACGCCAUCAAAAACGACGCCGAGUUCUCCCGGCUCUUCGGGGCUCUCUUCGAGCUGGAGACGGAGACCUGUGCCAAGAUGCUGGCCUCCUUCAAGUGCUCCCUGAGGCCAGAGCACAGGGAUUACUGUUUCUUCACCAUCAAGAGCCUGCAGCACGCCGCCCUGAAAACCCCCAAGGUGGACAACGAGUUCCUCAACAUGCUGCUGGACAAGGGCGCCGUGAAAACCAAGAACUGCUUCUUCGAGAUCAUCAAACCCUUCGACAAGUACAUCAUGAGGCUCCAGGACCGCCUCCUGAAGGGGGUCACCCCCCUGCUCAUGGCCUGCAACGCCUACGAGCUGAGCAUUAAGACCAGCGGCUUCGGGAACCCCCGGGAGAUGGCCGGCGCCUUCGAGACCACCGUGUCUCUCUGUCGCAAGUCCCUGGCUCUCCUGGGCCAGACCUUUGCCCUGGCGUCCGUCUUCAGGCAGGAGAAGAUCCUGGAGGCCGUGGGGCUGCAGGAGAUGGCCCCGGCCCCGACGCUGUUCCCCAACUUCGACGACUCCACCCUGUUCGGAAGGGAGUACAUUGAGAACCUGAAGGCUUGGCUGGAGAAGAGCGGCUACCCCAUCCAGAUGAAGAGGCCCGAGCCCGAGGCCGCGGAACAGCUCAAAGCAGCCUCUCCUGACACGAAAGUCCCACAACGAGCUGAUAGGAAAGUUGUGGAGACAAUUGAGCAGCUGGUGAAGAGCAUCGUGUCAGGAACCUUGUCUGCCAAGGACAGGAGCGCUCAGAAGAACUGCCCUGAGUACUGGUUCCUGUCUGAUGAGGACAGCCUGGAGUACAAAUAUUACAGACUGAAGCUGUCAGAGGCGCAGAGGAGGAAGGAGGAGGGUGGGGAGGGCAGGACCCCAGAAGAAGCCGCCACAGAGUCCAUCAGGGCCCUGCUCUACGCCAGGAAAAUUGCAAGCAUUAAGAGAAGGCUGUUCAAGAGAAAAAGGCCUGGAGGGCUCCCCCAGCGUGGCACCCGAGGAAGGAAGGUGAGGAGAGCAACCAUAGGGACACAGACUGUGCUUUCAGCUGGGACAGUGCUGAGGCACCAAGACAAACAUCUUCCAGGUCCAGCCCAGCCCAAGGUGUCGGUGGCAGGAUCCAGCCUGUCCCACAAGAACUCUCCCCUCGGCACCAGCUCGUCCCCACAGGGUGCCCCCAGCUCCGAGGGCUCUCUGCCACCAGAGGAAAGGGCAGACCCUGAGGAUUUACCAGCACCACCAGAGCUUUUCCCGCCGUUGGCCUCUCAGUUUCCUGAUGUGGAUGCCAAAACCAUGGAAACUGCAGAGAAACUUGCCAAGUUUGUUGCUCAGGUAGGACCAGAAAUCGAGCAGUUCAGCAUAGACAACAGUGCAGAUAACCCAGACCUCUGGUUUCUACAAGAUCAAAACAGUUCUGCUUUCAAAUUUUACCGGAUGAAGGUCUAUGAGUUGUGUCCCUCCAUCAACUUCAGUGCUGUGUCUGAGGCAGCUGAGGCUGGGGAAGGUGCCAAGGCUGGAGAGAGGAAUUUGGAUCUUUCAGAAGAGGAAGAGGAGGAAGAGGAAGAAGAAGAGGAGGAGGAAGAUAACGAGGAGGAAGCUGAGUUUGAGGAGGACAUUUCCCAGCCCUUGGAAGAAAUGGAGCAAGCAGAGGAGGGAGACGAGGAGGACGUGUCAGCAGGUAGAAGUGUGGAAAACCUAGAUGAAGAGAUGGUUUCCAAAACAGGAGAGGAAAUGUCAGCAGGUGAAGUGCAGCUUUCCAGCUCCUCUGAUGGUGCUGUACCAAAUCUGUCGACACAGGCACCGACUCCUGCCCCCGGCACCCCCUUCCCUCGCAAACGAAUCAGCAGCAAGUCCCUGAAAGUUGGGAUGAUCCCUGCCUCUAAAAGGAUCUGCCUCAUAGAAGAACCAAAAGUGCACGAGCCUGUCAGGAUUGCUUAUGACAGACCUCGGGGCUGCCCAGUGACAAAGAAGAAGAAGAAACCAAAAGAUUUGGAGUUCUCCCACAAGAGGCUGACACACAGGAACGUGGGUUUCCAGAUGCUGCAGAAGAUGGGCUGGCAGGAGGGGCACGGCCUCGGCACACGAGGGAAAGGGAUCAGAGAGCCCGUAAAAGUGGGUGCUACCUCUGCAGGGGAGGGCUUGGGUGUUGCAGGGGAAGAAAAUAAAGAAGAUGCAUUUGACGUUUUCCGUCAGAGAAUGAUACAAAUGUACAGGCAGAAAAGAGCAAGUAAAUAGUUCCAGGCUCUCUUCCAUGAAGACUGCAAGCUUCAGUGAACAUUUUAAACUAACUUCAGUGGUGUGUCUGCUGUCUUUUGGUUGGGUUUUGCCAUUAAUCCUGUAGAGAAUUUGCUCGUUUCUGUCCCGUGCAGAUGCAGCAGUGCUAAGCCAGUGGCAAUGCUUAUGUUCUGGAUAACUGACAUUUCCCUGUAGUGUAAGUAAAAAAAAAAAAAAAAACAAACACAAAAACCCCCUGUUAGCAUUGUUAACCUUUUAAUAGCUGCAAUAAAUGUAGAACUUAAC